AUGGCAGCAGUAGUCAUCAAAAGAUUAAAAGAAAAAGAGAGGAAAAGAUCCAGCAAAUCUGACAAGCCACCACAGACGAUCUCCGUGGUAGAAUAUGAUGAACCUCGGGGGGAGAUAGCAGGAUAUGAGGAAGAGGCAGUAGCUGAGAUUCUGGCAGCAGAGAUAGUGCACGAUAAGCAGAUUAAGUUACCUGAUGGACACCGUAUGCCUGCAGCUGAGGAGUUAAAGCAAAAGAGGUAUUGCAAAUGGCAUAAUUCUUAUACUCAUGCUACUGUUAGAUUUGCAUGUGUUAAGCAUAUAGCUGAAAAUAUUAUUUCUUUCUUUUUUUUGUCCGAAAAGUGCAUUGUGGGAACGGGAUUGGAACGCCAAGUAGCCUUAGAUUCGGGGGCUUCCGCUAUAGCGGAACACGAGGGAAAGAUCUUUUAUACCGAUACUGAAAAGAUCCUUCUAUUGGGCAAUGGGGAGACUUUAAACAUCCCAUUGGUUAUGUAUCAAGAUUCUAAUAAAAAUACUUGCAUGCAUCAAAAACCUCAAGUUCAACGCGGUAAAUGCAUAAAAAGGGGUCAAAUUUUAGCGGACGGUGCUGCUACAAUUUGCGGCGAACUUGCUUUGGGAAAAAACAUAUUAGUAGUUUAUAUGCCAUGGGAGGGUUACAAUUCUGAAGAUGCUGUACUCAUCAGCGAACGUCUGGUCUAUGAAGAUAUUUAUACUUCUUUUCACAUACGGAAAUAUGAAAUUCAAACUCAUGUGACAAGCCACGGUCCUGAAAAAAUCACUAAGGAAAUCCCACACCUAGAAGCCCAUUUACUCCGAAAUUUAGACAAAAAUGGAAUUGUUACCCCCGGAUCUUGGGUAGAGACGGGCGAUAUUUUAGUGGGGAAAUUAACGCCUCAAAUGGUACAAGAAUCCUCGUAUGCCCCGGAAGAUAGAUUAUUACGAGCUAUACUUGGAAUUCAGGUAUCCUCCUCAAAGGAAACUUGUCUAAAACUACCUAUAGGCGGUAGAGGUCGAGUUGUUGAUGUAAGAUGGAUUCAAAAAAAAAGAGGUUCCAAUUAUAAUCCAGAAACUAUUAGAAUAUAUAUAUUGCAGAAACGUGAAAUCAAAGUAGGGGAUAAAGUGGCCGGGAGACAUGGAAAUAAGGGUAUCGUUUCCAAAAUUUUGCCUAGACAGGAUAUGCCUUAUUUGCAAAAUGGAAGACCCGUUGAUAUGGUCUUCAACCCAUUAGGAGUUCCGUCAAGAAUGAAUGUAGGACAGAUAUUUGAAUGCUCACUCGGAUUAGCGGGGGAUAUGCUAGAUAGACAUUAUCGAAUAGCACCCUUUGAUGAGAGAUAUGAGCAAGAGGCUUCGAGAAAACUAGUAUUUUCUGAAUUAUAUGAAGCCAGUAAACAAACGUCGAAUCCGUGGAUAUUUGAACCCGAGUAUCCGGGCAAAAGCAGAAUAUUUGAUGGAAGAACAGGGAAUCCUUUUGAACAGCCUGUUAUAAUAGGAAAGCCUUAUAUCUUGAAAUUAAUUCAUCAAGUUGAUGAUAAAAUACACGGACGUUCUUGUGGGCAUUAUGCACUUGUUACGCAACAACCCCUUAGAGGAAGGGCUAAACAAGGAGGACAGCGCGUAGGUGAGAUGGAGGUUUGGGCUCUCGAGGGAUUUGGUGUUGCUCAUAUUUUGCAAGAGAUGCUUACUUAUAAAUCUGAUCAUAUUAAAGCUCGGCAAAUAGUACUCGCGACUACGAUCAUUGGACGAACAAUACCAAAACCCGCGAACGCUCCAGAAUCCUUUCGAUUACUCGUUCGAGAACUACGAUCUUUAGCUAUGGAAUUGAAUCAUUUCCUUGUAUCCGAGAAGAACUUCAGGAUUCAUAGGAAGGAAUAUAAACAUAAACAACUCCGAAUUGGAUCGGUCUCUCCUCAACAAAUAAUUGCUUGGGCAAAAAAAAUCUUACCUAAUGGAGAGAUAGUUGGGGAGGUAACAAAGCCCUAUACUUUUCAUUACAAAACUAAUAAGCCUGAAAAAGAUGGAUUAUUUUGCGAAAGAAUUUUUGGACCUGUAAAAAGUGGAAUUUGUGCUUGUGGAAAUUAUCGAGUGAUCGGAGAGAAAAAAAAAGACAACCAAAAAUUUUGCGAACAAUGUGGGGUAGAAUUUGUUGAUUCUCGGAUACGUAGAUAUCAAAUGGGCUAUAUAAAACUCGCAUGCCCAGUAACCCAUGUGUGGUAUUUGAAACGUCUUCCUAGUUAUAUCGCGAAUCUUUUGGAUAAACCUCUUAAAGAAUUAGAAGGUCUAGUUUACUGCGAUGUCCGGAUGAAAGGAAACUUUCACGUCCGAUUUUGAAAGGGGGAGAUCCCAUUGAUCUUGGUUGGAUCCUAUCCAAAUUUUUCGUUUGCUAGACCCGUCGUUAAAAAGCCUACUUUCUUACGAUUACGAGGUUUAUUCGAAUAUGAAAUCCAAUCCUGGAAAUAUAGCAUACCACUUUUUUUUACUAUACAGGGUUUCGAUACAUUUCGAAAUAGAGAAAUUUCUAGUGGAGCGGGUGCUAUUCGAGAACAACUAGGCGAUCUGGAUUUGACAAUUCUUAUAAAUUCUUCAUUAGUAGAGUGGAAAGAAUUAGGAGAAGGGGGAUCCACGGGCAAUGAAAAUGAAUGGGAGGCUCGAAAAGUUGGAAGAAGAAAAAAUUUUUUGGUUCGACGUAUAGAAUUAGCUAAACAUUUUAUCCGAACAAAUAUAAAUCCGGAAUGGAUGGUUUUAUGUCUCUUACCAGUUCUUCCCCCCGAAUUGAGACCCAUUAUUCAAAUCGAUGGGGGAAAACUAAUGAGCUCAGAUAUUAAUGAACUCUAUCGAAGAGUUAUCUAUCGGAACAAUACUCUUAUCGAUCUAUUAACAACAAGUAGAUCUACGCCAAGCGAAUUAGUAAUGUGCCAGGAGAAAUUGGUACAAGAAGCCGUGGAUACGCUUCUGGAUAAUGGAAUCCGCGGGCAACCGAUGAGGGAUGGUCAUAAUAAGGUUUACAAAUCAUUUUCAGAUAUAAUUGAAGGUAAAGAGGGAAGAUUUCGCGAAACCCUGCUUGGAAAAAGGGUUGAUUAUUCGGGGCGUUCUGUUAUUGUAGUAGGACCAUCACUUUCAUUACAUCGAUGUGGAUUACCUCGCGAAAUAGCAAUAGAACUUUUCCAGACAUUUGUAAUUCGUGGUCUAAUUCGAAAGCAUUUUGCUUCGAACAUGGGAAUUGCUAAGAGUAAAAUUCGGGAAAAAGAACCGAUUGUAUGGGAAAUCCUUCAAGAAAUUAUGCAGGGGCAUCCCGUCUUGCUAAAUAGAGCGCCUACUCUGCAUAGAUUAGGCAUACAGGCAUUCCAACCUAUUUUAGUGAAAGGGCGCGCUAUUUGUUUACACCCAUUAGUUUGUAAGGGAUUCAAUGCAGACUUUGAUGGAGACCAAAUGGCUGUUCAUGUGCCUUUAUCUUUGGAAGCCCAAACGGAAGCUCGUUUACUUAUGUUUUCUCAUAUGAACCUAUUGUCUCCGUCGAUGGGAGAUCCUAUUUCCGUACCGACUCAAGAUAUGCUUAUUGGGCUUUAUAUAUUAACGAGCGGGAAUCGUCGAGGUAUUAGUGCAAACAGGUAUAGUCCGUGUAAACGCAGAAAUUCGAAAACUGAAAGAAUUUACAAAAAUAACAAUAGAUAUACGAAAAAAAAAAAAGAACCCUUUUUUUGUAAUUCCUAUGAUGCAAUUGGAGCUUAUCGACAAAAAAAAAUAAAUUUCGAUAGUCCUUUGUGGUUCCGCUGGCGGCUAGAUCAGCGCGUUAUUUCCUCAAGAGAAGCUCCUAUCGAAGUUCAUUAUGAACCGUUGGGUAUCUAUCAUGAGAUUUAUGGUCAUUAUAUAGUAGUAAGAAGUAUAAAAAAACAAAUUCGUUGUAUAUACAUUCGAACUACUGUUGGUCAUAUUUCUUUUUAUCGAGAAAUCGAAGAAGCUAUACAAGGUUUUUGUCGAGCCCAUUUAUAUAGUAUCUAGUUAAGUCAAU